AUGUUACGUUUCUUAGAACAGACUAACGAGUGCAUUCAUAAGUGGACACUGGAAACUGGCUCUUUUUACUUGAGUAACCCAUGCACGGAUAAGAACCACCUGGUCUUGGCCCCAGGAGUCCUCAAAUCCGGUGGAAUAAACCGAGCUUGCGUGUCAAGGUUUCAUCCUGAUGGACCUGCAAGGUUGCUGCUCACGUUGCUGACUGAAGACCUUCUGACUACUACAGCCUCCAGAGAACUGCCUCCAGGAGACGGUGGCUGUCUGGACAUCAGCGUUCCUCAACUGCCUAACACCAAGGCUGACCUGAUCGUCAAAUUACAGUACCCAGAAGCACAAUGCACGUGGGAACGUCGUCUUACCUUACGCAUUUCGAGUGGGCGGGUGCUGGUCGUGCAGAGUGAGCGCGCGCGCUACAGGCCUGGAGAGACUGUACGUGCUCGAAUUCUGGCACUUAAACCUGAUCUGGCUCCUUCACAUGGAUCGAUAGAAGAGGUAUGGCUCGAAGGACCACAAGGCGCAUGGCAGGGAACACGUGUAGCACAGUGGCUCCGCGUACGUACUCGGCUUGGCUUAGCGCAGCUUCAAUACCAGCUGGAUACAUUAGCGCCCUCUGGCAAGUGGACGCUCAGAGCCAAAUUGGAAGAUGGUUCUCAGGGGUCUGCGGUCUUCUGGGUAGGCCACUACGAGCUUCCACCAUUCCAACUCAGCGUGCGUCAUGCGCCAAAAGUACUGAAAACCAGUGAGAGGCUUGUUUGGACUGUGUGCGUCAGGUAUCCCUGGUCUGAAGCAGUGGAGGGCAUGCUGGUCAUCCGCCUACGCGGCUCAGGAGGAGGUGGUGCCGGCGUUAGAACAGCAGUACAGCUGAGGGCUCCGAAGGCGUGCCACAGACACGCCGUGGCUGCUAAACGAGUAGGGUUGCACUCACAGAACCCCCCUGAGGUCCUUGUCGCUGACUUCUCUUUCCAGGAGGAAGGCACUAGAAUAUGGCAGAAUACUACAGUGGUAUCACAAGUGGUGGAUAAACCCAUAACUCUGGAGUUCCUAACCAAGCACCGAGCUGUUAUAUCACGCGGAUUGCCUUAUAAGUUAAAGGUGAAAGCGACUCGCUGGGACGACAAGCCGGGCGCCGGCGAACUGCUGCGGGUGUGCAGGCGCCGCGCUGACGGGGCGGUCGCACCGGCGCUCAGCACCGACUGCGCCGAGGGCGAGACCGACGCCAGUGGAGUGGCGAGGCUCAUGUUCGCAGCCGUGCAGACUGAAGCACCUUUCUACAAAUUCCAGGCGCAGCUGAAGAACGACAGCACGACGAGCGCGUGGCUGUCGGUGCGCGUGGUGGUCGGCGCGGUGCAGGCGGCGCUGGGCCCGCUGCGCGCGGACCGGCGCAGCGCGCGCACGCUCGUGCCGCUCUACGUCACCGCGCACGUCACCGCGCCGCUCACCGUGCACUUCGUGGUAAUAACCAGAGGUGGUAUUAUCUACCGCUGGGGAGCGACAACACAAUGCCCCACCUCUAACUCGGACCAAAUACACACUGCGUCACGUAACUACAAAUGUAACGAAAACUACUACUCAUACAACCGUGACGUCACAGCACAAAAAGACAACAUAGCCAACGCUGAUGACAUAGACACGCCAGCUUAUAGAUCAAAAAGAUCUUUUGAAGUCCUACCUAAGUCGGAACAUGAUCCAAACGCCAUAGAUAUAGAUAACAUCGUCAAUCCAAGAGAUAACAGUAAAACCGCUUACGACCAGACAAAAAUAGAUUUUGAUCCUAAUUUGUUAAAAAUAUUUUUGAGCAAUCAAACACAUAAAACUGAACCGCAAAUUUCAAUACGAGAUAUUUUUACUAGAUCAAAAAAUGUUUCUUAUAAAACUGAGGCUUAUAUAGGUCCAACUUUUGAGGAGAUAAAGCGUCAGCCACAAUCACGCCAUAUCUUCAGUACACGACCAACCGUUGCCACUAGUCAAGAGUAUCACAGACCCGGACGUGUCAACCCAUCACCAGUAUCACUGACGGCGAACCAGUCAAAGAAAUACCACCUUAUUCUUAGAAAUUCUAGAACAUACCCGCAGGAUCAACUUGUGCCUGAGUUUAGAUUGAGGCAGGUAUCAACGCAGUCUCCUCAACAGUACACGAAUAUACCAACCGUGGGUCAUAGUGACGUCAUUGACAACGUCACUACCGUGACGUCAGACGCUCUGCUGGAUAGGAAGUUGAAGAUCAUGUUGCCUAUAAAGGUUUCUCAUCAGAUGUGUCCAGACUCUCAUCUCAUUGCUUAUUUUUAUUAUAAUGGGGAGCUGGUCAGUGCCGCCAAGCAUUUUGAGAUGGAUGAGUGUUUUGCUAAUAAGGUGGAAGCGAGCUGGCUGAGUCGUCAGGCGCAGCCCGGGUCUUGGGUGUCGCUGCAGGUGUCGAGCCCGGGGCCCGCGCUGUGCGCGCUGUCGGCCCUGGACGCGGCCGCCAAGUGGCUGCAGCCGCCCCCCUCCACCAGGGAGCUACUCAUGAGCAACCUGAGGCGCCUCAUCGAAAGCCACAGGAACCUGACCGAGUAUGACGCGGCCGGAGAAUGUUUCCUUAAUUCCGACACACCGGACAUGCCAAGCACAAGCAUGGAACUGACGGCGUACUGGCUGGCCUCGGCCGGCGUGCGCGUGCUGGGGGGCGAAGCGCCCCGCGCCGGGGCCAAGCGCUGCGGGGCGCCGCCCCCCGCCGCCCUGCGAGGCGACGACCCCGCGCCUAGGACUGACUUCUCUGAGGCUUGGUUGUGGCGUGUGAUGCCAAUUGGCGCCAAUGGCACAGGUGUUGUCAGUGCCCGCGCGCCAGACUCUAUCACGAGGUACGAAGCCGCGGUCACUUGUGUGUCAAAGAAUGGUGUGGCUGUGUCACCCCCUGCCGUUUUGCAAGUGUUCCGUGAGUUCUUCAUCCACGCGGAUGGACCGAAGCGUCUACGUCGAGGUGACUCCGCCAUCAUACGGUACAGGAUCUUCAACUACCUGUAUGAACCACUCAGUGUCCAAAUCCAAGUCCUCACCGACCCUCAUAUCGAAGCAGCAACAGACUCAGUGGAGACAGCGUGCAUCGCAGCCAGGUCUUCGAUCGCUAGGAGGGUGACCAUCACGGCCCGGGUCGCGAGCCCAGCCCGCCUUAGCCUCAGGGCCAAGACUGCCAACGAUGGAAACUGCCCCAAUGUUACCACCACGGUUUCAGUUAGUGACGAGGUGAUAAUCAAGAUGCUCAUAGACCCAGAAGGGGUACCAGUGCACGAGCAAAAAUCGAUACUAUUAUGUGGAGAUGAGAGCGAAGAUCAAAGAGGGUACAACUCCCAUAGUGCGUCACAAACGUCACAAAUAGAGUGGGCGUGGCCUCGAGUGGAGGCCGUACCGGGCACCGAGACCCUCACCCUGUGGGCCGCAGGCGACAUGACUGGGCCUUUAAUAGCUGACGCGGACUCUCUAGUGACGAUCCCUCGCGGCUGUGGCGAACAGAACAUGGCCCAGCUGGCCACCAACCUGCUAGCGCUGAAGCAGCUGGAGCCCACUUCGAUAGCCGCUCUCAUCGCGAGGGAACAUGUUGCCAGAGGGUUCACUCGCCAGCUUCAGUACGUGCACCCUUCGGGCGGUUUCAGCGCUUUCGGCCCGUCCGACGUGACGUCAUCCACAUGGCUCACCGCUUUUGCUGUCAAACAUUUAAGAAAAGCACACCAGUUGCUAUGGCCCAACGUGCAAACCCCUCCAGCCCUUAUCCGCGCAGAGAGGUGGCUGCUCAGUCAGCAGAUGGAGAACGGUUGCUUCAGAAACGAAGGACAAGUUUUUCAUAGAGAACUUAGGGGAGGACUAAACGAGGAGGGUGAAAUCGCAAGCGUGGCGCUCACAGCUUACGUCAUCACCGCUUUGAUCGACAACACGACCCCUGUCUCCUACCGCGUCAUCCGCAACACCCUCUCUUGUCUCCGCGCCCUCCCACCAUUAAAAUCUCAAUCUCCUACCAGAGUCUAUGCCCAGGCGUUAUUGGCCUACGCUUUUACGAAAAUAGAGAAAUAUGAAGAGGAUUUAAGGAAGACCAAUAAUGUGAAUUUGAUGAGAAGUAAUUUGGAGGAAAAUGAUGGAGACAGACAUGUUUUGGAACUGCUGAAAGUGGCCAAGAGAAGUGAUGGUUACGUCUGGUGGGAAGCUAACAGCCUGUCCACGUCCAUCGAGGCGACGUCGUACGCGGUGCUGGCGCUGCGGGGGCGGGGGCGGGGGCCGGGGCGGGGGGGGCCCGAGGCGCGCGCCGCGCUGGGCUGGCUCGCCGCGCACCGCUCCGCCGGCGGCGGGUUCGUGGCCACGCAGGACACUUUAGUAGCUCUAGAAGCUCUAACAGCGUGGUCGUCUGGUAAUCCGUCUACCCAUUUGAACGUGACAGUUCGAUCCGAUGAUCGGGCACAGACACUUACCCUGCUCCCAGGAGCCAGGAUACCUGAGGUGAUAAGCCUUAUGCCUGGAGAUCGACUCAAUGUCAACGUUCAAGGCAAGGGAUGUGCCUUGGUCCAAGCUACGCGCUCAUAUCACACGGUCUCCACCCCGGAGAAGGAGCCUCAGAAGCUACUGUCAGUGCAAGUGGCAGUUCACACCGACGGACCGUUCGACUGCGACACCAACAAUACGGCCUGCUUCUGUGCUGCGGUCAUUGAGGUGUGUGUGAUGUGGAGCGGCAAGUUCCCGGAGAUGGCGCUGCUGGAGGUGUCCCUGCCGGGUGGCUACGGAGCUGACGCACAACUGCUGUACUCGCAGCUUUAUAACCCUAGCAGUCUCCUUCGUCGCAUAGAGUUGUCGCCCACGAGCAGCCGCGCCACGCUGUACCUGGGCACGCGCGACGGCAACGAGCCGACGUGCGCGGGCGGCCACCAGUGCUGCCGCCUGCACGCCGUGGGGCCGCGCGCGCACACGCGACACGCCUACGUCAGGGUACAGGACUACUACGCGCCGGAACACAACGAUACACAGCUGUACACAAUACCAGAAGAUUGCCCACCGCGCAUCUCCCACGACCUUCCCCAAUACACGUCAUCGGACAAUCUCUUUAGCAAAGCCAAAGCACUUGAAGGUGAUGAGAUCCUCAUAACGAAUGACUUCACAUAUGAAGACAUACCUGAAGGCAUUCCCCUCGAAGACCCUCUAUAUGACAACUUAACUCAAAGAGAAGAAGAUAGUGAGGAAAUAGAAAAAUAUAUUGAAAAUACAGAGACUUCUACUGCAAAUAUAGGAACGAAAGAUUUAGUUCAAAAUACAACUGGUAACGUAACGCUAGAUAAUUUUAAUCGUAACGCAGAUGAAUCGCAACGCUAUGAAAACUCUGAUUUGUUUGUAGUUAAAAAUGAAACGAUAGACAAUGUUGAUAGUAACGCAGAUAUACACAGUUCACACCAUAACGGAAACUCUGAUUUGUUAGUAAUUAAAAAGGAAACUGUGAACGUAACGCCAGGUAAUGUUAAUUAUAACGCAACUGAACUCGAAACGCAACGCAAGAAAAACAAUGAUACACCUGUAGUUAAGAAUGCAACUGUGAACGUAACGCUAGACAAUGUUACUCGUAACAUAGUUGAAGAUGGAACCCAACAAAGUGGAAACAUUCAUGCGUUUGUAGGUAAAAAUACAACUAUUAACGUAACGCUUGAUAAUUUGAAUCGUAACGCACAUGAACACGAAAUGCAACACAAUAGAAAUUUCGAUAAAUUUACGUUAAACAAUGUUGAAAGAACACAAUUUCAUUUAUCUACUACCAGAAUGGAUGCACCAUUUAAAGUUGAAUUAAAUAAACACAUACAAAACACAGACAAAAAUAUUAAUCCAACUAUAAAUAAUAGAGAAAGUAACAGAGGAUCUUUCGAGAACGUUGUAGAAGCUACUACAGUAAAAGCGGUUUUAGCACAAAAAAUAACACAGCCCAUAGAUAAUAAACCUAUAGACAAUCCUAAUUUAGCUGAUUUCCAUGUCAUAGACACAGAGAAAGAUCUAGAAGUGCCAAGUGGCGUUGAAGGUCCUAUUCCUGCGGUUGUGUUACCACCGAAAGGGUUUGUGGCGCCACAACAAGAGAUGGCAAGAAGAAUUCAUACCGUCCACACGUCGAGAGGAUCCUAUCUCUUUUUUGAACCGGAGCAAUUCCAAAGGAGGUAUUUUGUGCCUAAAACAAGAACUAGUUCAGGGGACUGGUAUCAUUAUAAAAUAAAAAAGACUAGAAGGUAA